AUGGAGAUUACAUUCCUACUUGUACUAUGUUUUACUCUGUUAAAGGGAUAUGUAUCUGCUAGUAGUAAUCAGGAAGCAUACGUUUACAUUGGAGUGGACAGCUCGAUGUUUGCGCCAACUCUAUCGGUUUUCAACGGGAUAGUAACCACAGCAGGAUCCGCGCAGGGAACAAAGCUUGAAACGAAGAAAAAAACAAUCUACGAAUACGACCCUUCGAACAGCACGAAAGGAAGCGCAUCAGCAGGAAAAGAGAAGAAUGCACAAAAUAAAGUGGCAUAUAGCGUAUACAUGCCGCAGCUGUUGGCCACUGAGCCAGUAGAUUUGGUAAGAAGUAUUAAUAAGAACGUGCGAAUAAAAGAAAACAAGGCACAUGGGUCCAGAACAAUAAAUGUGCACGGAGUAUAUUCAGACAUACCGGACGUACAGCUGUACCUGAAGUACUUGGAGGAGGCAAUAAACAAGAAAAAAAAGGAAAACGAAGAUGUAAAGUGCCUUGGCGUAACUGUUCGAGGAUACUUUGAGCCCAGCACCAUAAAAACAAUUGAGUGUGCAAUGAAAGAGCUGACAGCCUCUAUCUCCCACAUCCAAAUUCUGACAGACGGCAUGGCACAGGCUGUAGACUCAAUCGUUGGAGUGAACAGCGAUGAAAGAGGGUACAUUACUACACACAGCUUCAGAGGAGGCUCUGUGGUCUCAGAGAUCUUCUCAUACGAACUGCAGAAUAAAAAUAAAAAAGUAAGCCUGCUGCACCAGAAGAUAGACUCCGUAUACUCUGAGUACGACAUCAUAAGAAUGCUGUACAACCACCUGCUAAGCGAGAUAAAAAACAUGGCAAGCGAAAGAUACCCGAAUAUAGCGAUAGAUCUGAAGGGUGUGCCUGAUUUGCAGUUUACGUCCAGCUCAAAAAGCGAUAAAAAAGAGAAAGGCCAAAACACAAACUCAGAGAAAACAAACACAGAAGCAGCAAACACGCUGAAGAACAUCGACAAGCCAGUGGUAGAGUAUACAGUUGAUAUACUGCCGCUGCUGAACAGUGCUCUGGUGAAUCUGCAAGAGCUUAUAUUUAGCGCAGAAAAGAAGGACUCUUCUGCGAUAGUAGAUGACUCUGUGGAAGAGAAAGAUGCAGAAGAUGCAUACACCAUCAGAAUAGCCAACCAAAACGAAAAGUCAUCCAUCCACCCAUUGCUGAUAGAGCUAGUGAAUACAGCAGCACCCUGCACAGCCAACAACCUGUUUGUAGCGCCUAUAAGCGAUUCUGUGAAGGACCUGAAUCUGAACAUGGUGCCCGUGCAGAAUGAAAUAUUGCAGUACAUUGCAAACUCAAGGAGGGAAAUAAAACAUCUCAUUGUGGAAACAAAAGAAAAGCUGUCAGAGAUUGAAAAGGCAAAAGAAGAGCUAAAAGAAAACGACAAAAACGAUAAAGAACUGCCGGUAGUCUACAGAAGUUCGAUAUACAGCGAUGUAAUCCAUGCUGAUCAGCUGGAGAGCAUACUCUACGGCACAGGAAUUCGCAAAAUGGCUAAGCCCAGCAAGGCAUCUCUAUCAGGCGCAUCAACACACAUCAUGAAGUACAACAUAGCCGUUUUAGAUGAAAGACCAGCAAAUGAUGGAAAGAAACCCUCCUACAAAUAUAAAGUGAAGUACAGCCCAAGUGAUAACGGAAUACGAAGCAAAGUGUACGAUUUGAACAGAAAAGAAACAGAUGACUGGUUGUAUUUUACCCAGAACUUCAACAAUGAAAUGAAAAUAAAAGAGCCCAUUUCAGCUCUCAUCUCUGGAGACAAGCAGAGCGCAGAGUAUAAAAAAAUAGCAGAAGUGUUCAAGGGAAGUAAACAGCUACUGAGCAGCUUAGAAGAGAAAAUCAGCCAGAUAAUGGGAACAAUGGGAGCAGAAGAGCUUGCAAAGAGCGAUGGAUACUUGGAAGUAGCCCAGGCAUACACACAGGCAGUGAAAGACCAGGCAAUAGACAAGGGCUUGGAUAAAAGCAUAAACGACAUUCUAUCAGAAAUCCCCAAGCUGAUUAAGAAAGGCCUAAAACUCCAUAAAAAAUACGAAAAAGAAGGACUAGAGAGCACAGAGGCAUUCAUGAAGUUUAUUGCGCAGAAAACAAAGGAGAAUAAACAUCCGAUUACAACGGUAGAGUACACUGCAGAGACAGACUACAACACGAAACUGAAGUAUAAGAGAGAGAUAAAGAAUAUAAUAGACGGUAUUCAAUACAGAGUGCACUUAAUAACGGAAGAGCACAAUGAAAACAUUGUGAAGAAGCUGCAGGAAGAGGUCCUAAAGAAAAAACAGGAAGAAGAAGCAAAGAAAGCAGAAGAAGAGGCUAAGCCAGAAGGAGAAGCUGAAGCGGGCAAGGAAGCUAAAGCAGAAGAAGCCGAGGCAGCAGGCGAUGCUCAAGUGGACAACAGCAGCAGUAGUGGAAAAGAGACAGCUAAAGAUAAGAGCGAUGAAACAGAAAGCAGCACCAAGCCAGCAUCUGUCGAGACAGCCACCGCCAAGGAAAGUAAGGAACCAGAGAUCGAAACAAUGCCAGCAGACACCACGUCUAUCCUUGACGAAAGCUUCAUUUUGAAACGGUCUCUCUAA